AAACUGUGCAGGAUGGAACUAAAACCAUUAUUAUCAAUGAGGUUAAGACAAAAACUACUGUUAAAAAAGUGUUUGUUAAACUGAAAGAAGGAAGCUAUGUUUAUAGAAAGAAAAGAGUUAUUGGAAAGAAAUCGGCUGGCAAAGUAAGGGCUCAAUUUGUUUGUACUUCCUGUGAACGGAUGAAAACAUAUACAAGUUGUUUCGCUACUGUACUGCUCCAAGAACAAGAGGAAGAUGACGAAUAUCAUCUGGAGCCUGAUUCCUAUCCUCAUCCAGACAAUCAUGCAUGUGUUUUAUCUGGUAUAGAAGAUCAAGUUUCAAAGUUCCACGAACAAGAAUUAGAUGAGCUGAGAAAUGGUCCUUGCCAGGCAAUCCCUGCUCUUUAUAAGAAAACCAGAUCUGUAUUCACUCGAGAACUGUCUGUCCGGGAAGAGAAAAUUUUGUUUUUGGAUUCGAUCAAACCGUAUGAAGUUUUACAAACUCAAAUAUACGCCAUCAGAAGACUUUUUAUCCCGCCAGCUUUCGCUCUGAUAAUCGAGAUCCAUAUAGUGCUCCACUAACUCUUCUAUGGUUUGAAGAAACAUUUUUUCAAUCCGGACAUUAUCAGUCCAUUACUCCAACUGAUUCCAGCAUUAUAAUGAAGCAUUACAAUAGGAUGAAUAACUCAACAUAUCGAUUGUUUCAGUCUCAGGUUGCCAGGAUGACACUGAGAUCUGUCAACUCAGAUGUUGAGCAAAUUCAACAGCCUGAGAUCCAUAGUUCUGCAAUUAUGCAAGUAACUCCAACCUUGCUCCAGGAGAGAUUAGAUCAAAACAAACCAUCGACCCAGUGCAGAACAAAAAGAAUGUCCACAACAAUUUUAGGCAAUAUGAUGAAAAAUAUAAUAAUGCUUAUAAUUAACAUUUGUUUCCAAUGAAUAUUUCCUAAGUAUUUCAAUUUUUAGAUAGUUCCAGCCCCAAAAGAACUAAACUGUCAGAUACAACAGAUAUCACUCAUCCAUACCAGACCAUCACCAGAAUUUGUCAUCUUUGUAAUUUAAAUUUUAAACGUAAGAGAGGCUGAAAGAGGUGUGUUUGUGGCCGUUAUGUACAUGUAAAAUGUCAUAAAAAUAGAAUUAAUUGCCCAUUCAAGAAUGAAUGACCGGAAUAAUAUGUGGUACACUUAUAAUUUUUCCA